AUGGAUAGUAUAAUAUCACCGGAAGGGUGUGGUGUGGGCCGCGAGUCAGUGCUGAUGAACGGCCAGUGUUUCCGCUGGUAUGCAAACUAUACACAACAACAGGACAUACAGUUUGGACGAUCGGCCAAACCGGGAGAAGUGCCGUUUGCGGUAUAUAUUCACAAAUAUAAGAAACUAUGGAUAUUUCCUUACGGGGAAAGAAAUGGUUAUUACGACAAAUCGGAUUUUACUGUAUAUCCCGGCGCUCAAUCACGCAAACACUUACCACUCGGUUAUAAUGUGGAACAGUUGUACGCACAUCCAGACUAUAUAAGUGGUAAUGAAACCAAAUCUGAUAUCGGAUUAAUUAAAUUGAAACAAUGGAUACCACUUCCAACUAAACGACAACCAAUCAGACUUAUGAAUGCCAUUUGUUUGCCCACUAAUAGUAGUAUUAAAAGUAGUAGUAGUGGUAGAUAUACACCGUCUACUGGUAAAUAUACACCGUCUGAAAAUCUGAAUCAGUUGGCACUGGUAGCUGGUUUCGGUGCUUAUGGCAAUCACUUGCAUACAGUUAAUCGGCUACAUAUUGGUUGGGUAUAUAUAGUAUUCAAUGAUGAUCAAUUAUGGUAUUAUAUGACACGUUAUCCCAGAUAUAGUGGUACAUCAAUAUGUAGUGGUGAUUCUGGUGGUCCACUGUAUCAGUAUAUUAACGGUAGGGCAGUGCUCAUUGGUAUCAGUAGUGGCGGUGAAGAAUCUAAUACCAAAUGUUUGAAUCCAAAUGAUUACAAAAAAUUAAUAUAUUUUGUACGCAUUUUACCGCAUUUGGAUUGGAUUACAAACAUUGUAUCUAAUAAUUAG